GAGGCUUCGGGUCACCGGACUGUGGACCGAGAAAUGACAUGUGCUGCGUUUCUGCCAAUCAGCAUUAAGCAAGUCCUUUCUGAGUGAGUGUGAAUGCUUUCACAAUGCAGACGAGUGGUCUGAACUUUGGUGAAGGAAAAGACAAAGGGCAAGUUUUGUCUUGUUUCCGAUAUCAUGGCGAGCUGGUGGACGCCCGGGGACGUGCUGGACAGUCUGGACCUGGGGGAAAAUUCAAUCGUGUCUCGAGUUAUCCAGGCAGUUGGGCUGUUUGGAGAUAUUCUGUCAUUAGAGGACACAAUGGAGCCGAUUUUGUCUGAAGUCAAAAGCGAGGACGUGGCUGCACCGGGUGAGGAGAAAAGUGUAGAAGAAGAAGAAGAAGUAUCAGAGGACAGAGUGAUGAUGGAAAACACAGGAAAAGAAGAAGAGGACGAGGAGCUACAACAAGGAGAAAAGGAGGAGGAAAUGGAGAAAGAAGGCAGAGAUGAUGUUGAAAUAGAGAAAGAAAAGACAAACGUGGAGGAGGACUGCACACAGAAAGAAACAAUGGUUGAAAAACAGAACGAGGAAGACGUAUGUCAAGUAGAAAAAGAGGAAGAGGAGAGAGGAAUAAAUGGGGUAGAAGAAAAGGAAGACGAAAAAGCACAAAUGAGAAAGAAAGUAAAGGAUGUAGGGGACGACGAGGGGGAGAAAAAGAUCGGGAGGCAAGAGGAUGAGAGAGAAGGAAGAGAGGAAGAGACUGUAGUGGACAGGGAGGUAAAAGAAGAGCAAAAGGAAACAAAGACUGUAGAAGAAAAGGUGGAGGAAAACACUCGAAGAGAGGGAGAGAAAGAAAGAAGAGAGGAGGACAGGACUGAUGAAGAAGAGGAGGAGGCAGAUGAAGAUGUAGGCGAUGAUAAGGAGGCCGUGGACAAACUUGGAUGGAUGAUAGAGGGAGAGGGGGAGGAGGGGAAGGUGACAGGAAGACAGGAUGAAGAAGAGAAUAAAGAUGAAACAAACAAGGUAACUCGCAAGGAAAAAGAAGAAAAGGAGCUUAUAAAUGAAGAAAGUGAGGGUGAAGGAGCAGAGAAAGAAGAGGAGGAGAAAGUGGGUGAAAAAAGGAAAGAAGACAGGAAGGCAGAGGUAGAAGAAAAGCAGGUAGUGGAGGAGUGUGAAAAAGAUGGAAAGACAGAGUUGGAAGCUCAGAAGGAAGGAGAAGAAACUGAGAUAAUGAAGGAUGGAAGAGCUGAUGAACAAGCAGAAAAAGAGAAGAGCCAAGAUGAAGAGAUCGAAGAAAGAAAAGAACAGAAGGCGGUAAAGGAGGAGGAAGAGGAAAAGCAGAUAGUGAGAGAGGAAGAUAUGCAGCAAGCAGAAGAUGGAGAGAAAGAGUUUCAAACUCUGGGAGAAGGAGAAGAAAAGGAGGGCGUGGAGGAGGGAAGAGAACAUGGUUCAGCAGAGGACGGAAAGAUAGAAAAGGAAAGAAAAGAGCAAGAUGGGGAGACAGAGAUAAAUCAACACGAAGACCGCCAUGUUGAGGAAGAAGAGGAAGAAGAGGAAGAAAACCAAGAAGAACAAAAGGCUGAUGGAAAAGAAGAGAUGAAUGAAAUAAAAGUAAUGGAAGAGGAGAAAAACCAACAAGAACAUCAACAGGUUGAUGGGAAAGAAGAAGAAGAACAGCGACAACAAAUUGAUGGACAACAAGAAGAGUUGGAAGAAAAAGAAGAACAGAUGAAGGGAAGAGAAGAAAAGGGGGUAGCAAUAGAAGAAGAACAACAGCAGGCUGAUGGAAAAGAGGGAGAGAUGGAGGCCCCGUUAGAGAGAGAAGAAAAGCAGUGGGAACCAAACGAAGAGCCAGCAAAUCAGCUCGCUCAUUCAGGCUGCCAGGAAUCAUCGCCCUCCUCAGCUCCACGGGAGUCUGAACCCGCCACAGCGCCGAGUCAUGAUGAAGAUCCCGGAGUCCUCGCAGGCGGAGAGGAAGGCUCGGGCCCUGCCGAAAACCACGACGGGGACGCUUAUCCCCCAUCACCGAGCAGCGACAAAGACACGGACGGAGCGUCGACCCAAAGUGCUUCUCCGACAGACGCGGAUCUGCCUUUGGUCGAAGGGGGGCCUGCACAGGUGGAAGUACACCGUAUGGAUCUGAGAUGUGAAACGUUAUUUCCUGCUCCAGCACAUCAAGGGGAAACGGCAGAAGAACCCGACGAGAUCCCUCACAUGACACCUGACCUACAGACAGAUCUGCAGGCUUCGGGCUGCAGGUUGGAGGACAAAGUGGCGCCGAUGGACGAAGCUGCCCAGUCGUCUUUGAGGGCCGGAGCAGGAAGCGCAGAACCCAGUCCGACCCAAAACUCAGCCAGCACGGAAAACCCGGUGAAGGAAGUGAAGGACGAGAAAGGAGGAGACAAGAAGGAAGGAGAUGAAAACUCUCACAAGAUGAACGGCGAGGCGGACGCAGCAGACAGCAGCAGGAAGGGCAGCCAGCAGCCGUCCAAGUAUAAAAGCGUGUCCUACAGGAAGAUCCGAAGAGGAAACACCAGGCAGAGGAUUGACGAGUUUGAGUCCAUGAUGAACUCGUGAUCAGCACGUCAUCAGUCACAUUUUAUACACUGGUGGCAUUUCCAUUGAGAGGCGCCCUGAACCGCAGGAUGGCGUGUAGAUGUUAGCAGUCUGUGCACAGAGAGAUCAUAACACAGAGAAUUGAUUAAAACAAAAGAACAUUAGCAUUUAAAUAACUUAUCUGUCCGAGAAAAUAAACAGAGUGAUACUGUGAACAGUAAUGUUGUUGUUGUUUUUGUGGACUGAUGCAAGCAAAUGUCUGAAGUGUGCUGUAGACAAGGUAUUUUGACACUUAAAUGGAGUUUUUACUUCUAUUUUCUGUGCAUUUUUCUUUCUGUGCUCUAAUUCUUUGAGACUUUGAGGUGUACUGCCCACAUGAGGAGAUCAGUAAUAUAAUGCGAGUGUAUUUCCAUUUUGUUCAGCUUUAUGCUGCAACUGCCGCCUUUGCUGUGGCAGAGCCA